UCUCGUGGAGAAUCACGACCAUUGUCUCGUUAUCCGUCCCAUCGGCCUCAAGUGCCCCCUACUUAUAUGACCUACAAUAAAUUCUCUUAUUUGCCUGUUUGACGUUCUGUGUAACAGUGCAGUGCAAUGGAUUCCCAGCAGUUUCGGGAGUUUGGAAAAGCUGCUAUAGAUUUUGUAGCUGACUUUUAUGAUAACAUUCGUGACAGGGAUGUUCUACCAUCGGUGGAACCAGGACAUUUACUAAAAAAGUUGCCAGAAAAUGCGCCUGAGCAACCUGAAGAUUGGCAAACCGUUUUUAAAGAUUUCACCAACACUGUAGUGCCAGGGACCACGUUAUGGCAUUCACCGCAGUUCCAUGGAUUUUAUCCUACUGGUACUUCAUUUCCUAGCAUCAUUGGCGGACUACUAAGUGAUGGCCUUGGAGUCGUGGGAUUAACCUGGAUGGCGAGUCCUGCUUGCACAGAAUUAGAAGUGGUAACUAUGAACUGGCUUGGAAAACUAUUCGGUUUGCCGGAAGAAUUUUUGAACUGCUCUUCAGGUCCAGGAGGCGGUGUAAUUCAGGGCUCUGCAAGUGAAGCUACCAUUGUGUGUCUAUUGGCUGCAAAGGAUAAAAUGACCCGACGACUCAAGAAACUGAAUCCGGAAAUAGAUGAAGAGCUCACUAAAAUUAAGUUUGUCGCUUAUACGUCCGAUCAAUGCAAUUCAUCGGUUGAAAAGGCUGGGGUUCUUGGAUCGAUGAAAAUGCGGCUUUUGAAAGCUGAUGCCUCUGGAAGGUUGCGUGGGGAAACACUCAAAAAAGCAUUCGAAGAAGACAAAGCUAAGGGUCUCAUACCGUGUUAUGUUGUUGCAAAUUUAGGAACAACUGGCACAUGUGCUUUUGAUCCUCUAUACGAGCUCGGUCCUGUAUGUCAAGAAGAAAACGUUUGGUUACAUGUUGAUGCAGCAUAUGCUGGUGCAGCUUUUAUUUGCCCAGAGUAUAGAGAUUUAAUGAAGGGUGUAGAAUACGCUGACUCUUUUGAUGUAAAUGCUCAUAAAUGGCUGUUGGUUAACUUUGAUUGUUCAGCGUUAUGGGUAAAAGAUUCGUACGAUCUUAUUAAUGCAUUUGAUGUACAAAGAAUUUACUUAGACGACGUUAAAGCGAAAGUAAAAAUCCCAGACUAUCGUCACUGGCAGAUGCAAUUGGGCCGCCGCUUCAGAGCUUUAAAGCUGUGGAUGGUCUUAAAAAUUUAUGGUGCUGAAGGUUUACGGGCCCAUAUUAGAAAUCAGAUUAGUCUAGCACAACAUUUUGCUAAAUUAGUUCGAGCUGAUGAUAGGUUUAUUGUUGAACCUGAACCAGCUAUGGGCUUGGUGUGCUUUAGGCUCGUGGAAGGCGAUAUUUUAACCAAGAAAUUAUUAGACAAUUUAAUACAAAAGAAACAAAUAUUUAUGGUUGCUGCUUCGUACAAGAAUCGAUUCAUCAUACGUUUAGUUAUUUGUUCUCAGUUCACGAAUAAAGAUGACAUAGAAGUGAGCUGGAAACUAAUAAAAGAUGAAACUGAUAAACUAAUUCCUAAUGAUAAAGUACACAGUAAAUCACAGUCUAUUUCAUCUAUAAAUCACAUUCAAAAUAUCAGUAUUUGUGAAAAGUCUAAAUAAGUUUAUUAUAUAUGAAAGUGUGCUUAGCUUAGGUAUAUGGAAGCAACAAUAUCUGCUUACUGUAAAUAAAAAUUAUCCCUAGUAAUUAUAUAAGGUUUUUUUUAGCUUAUUUGAAAAGGUUUGAGUAGAUACUUUUUGUACUGAAUAUGAUAAUAAUUAAUUUAAAGAAAAAAUAAAUAAAACAUAAACGUGUUAA